AUACAAUUUGUAAAUUUGACCUUCUCUAUUGUGCAGACUCCACCUAAUCUUACUCCAUUACCCAAAUGAAUUGAUCCCGUUUCUCACGAAACAAACAUUGUGCACCACGAGCCUUACUCUAUUGAGCGAGCCGUAAUCUGGAUAAACAAACUAUAGAGAUUAUAGCAAAAUUGGAGAGGCAAUCCUGUCCGGUCUAGGCUAAUUCAUUUCAAUUAAUUUCGAUUCCAGAAAUGCUGAAUUUGGGGAGACGCGUCGCAAAGUCGAGCCUCCGGCGGUUCUCAACGGCGAUUAAUGGCCGGCGUAUGCUGGACGAAGGCGACUGGUUUUACUCCGGCGAAUGGUGGGACGGCGGCUCUGCCAGUAGCCGCACCGUUUUUCGAGAAGUUUCACAAAACGGAAACGGCGUCGUUACUGUAGUAGCUCACCCUUGUUCUAAACCUGACAGAUUACACUGGGGAAGAACUGAAAAAUGGCUUGAACAGAGGUAUGCAGAGAUGCAUCCAGGUUCUAAAAACGAGCAGAAGUUCAAAGUUUGUGCUUAUGAAUGGAGAACACUUCACUUUAACGAGAAUACUCUCCAAAGCACAGUAAAAGUAAUGUCCGCAUACAGAGAAAAUGAUCCUGGCUCUUUUUGCAUUAUCCAACAGGCGCAUUGUUUGGCCAUACCAUAUGUGAAGAGCAUGGUAUCUACUGGUUUGACCACAAUCUCGUUGUGUAAUUCUGAUCUCAUGAAGAAUGCUAUAGAUGCGAAACAAAAUAUGAAAAUUUUGUGCAUUGGGCAUGGUGGAGGGAGCAUACCUUUGUAUUUGGCUAGUGAGAUACGAGGUGCUGUAGUCCACAUAGUCGAAAUCGACCCAAUUGUAAUCUCAGCCUCAACCCAAGCAAUGGGCUUCCCAGCUUUAUCAAUCAUGACCCAAUCCGGCAAACGGGCUCUCCCUAACUCCAGCCCGAUUGAAAACUUAAUGUGGAGAGGUACUCACGAACGGCUCCAUUUGUUCAAUUCGGAUGCCGAGAAAUUCAUCCUCAAUAACAAUUCUAACAUAUAUGACCUCGUCUUCAUCGACGCCUAUGAUGGAGAAGAUAUUUUCCCCCGCAAAUUGUGGGACCCUCACUCCCCAUUCAUCCAGAAUCUGAAAAAUCGAAUCCAUCCAAGUCACGGGACUGUUGUGGUCAACCUUCACUCGGAUGUUGACUUAGAAGACAGAGUCUCAAACCCACAAGACUGCUCGUUUUUGUCAAUGGGUAAGUAUACAUCCCAAGUGUGCCGUGCAUAUAGAGAUGUUCUGUUAGAGGGAGAGAGUUCAACGUGCGGUUUUGCAUACAUAGUUCCCGUGCCUUGGUUGUGCAAUAUAUCGCUUGUUGUGUGUAGGGGAUUAGGCAAGUACAGGGAUAAUGAUAGUUCGGGCUCGAGUAUGGUUUUGAACGCUUUGAUUGCUGAGGCCAUUGAGGUUGAUAGACACAAGGGUAUGCCGUUUUCUUGUUUGCAGUAUAUAAAGAGAGGUUUUACUCCAGUGGAAUAAUCACUCAUUCACUUGUAGGAAAAUUGGCUCUCAAGUAAAUGUAGCAUAUUUUUUUUCCCUUUCUUUUCCUGUAUUUUCGUGAGCCCCCUAAUGACGUGAGAAAUUUGGAGCAUGUUU